AACGCUUAAUCAUCUGCGGUCGAAGAAGAAAAAGAACCACGUACACCUAUGUUCAGAGCUCUCUUGAUGCUAGCUGGCUAGCUAGCUAAGGUCUGUCAAGUCGCACACAUUGGGCUCCAAGGGGGAAGCGCAGCGGUGGAGAAGAAGGGAGAUCUGAGCGCCGCGACGAAAUGGCCGGCCAACAGUUCCAGUACGAUGACAGCGGCAACACCUUCUUCUACUUCCUCACGUCCUUCGUGGGACUGAUUGUGAUCCCGGCCACAUAUUACCUCUGGCCCCGGGAUCAGAAUGCUGAACAACUGCGUCUGAAGAGCCUGAGGAGGGUACAUGGCAGGUGUUUGUGGUACCGGCUCAGGCUGAUGAAGUCACAGCAGAGCAUUGUCCCAACACUAAAGAAAGCAGCUUUGUUAUUCGGCUGGGCUGUGUUCCUCCUCUUAGCCUACAAAGUGUCCAAGCUGGACAGAGAAUACCAGGAGUAUAACCCAUAUGAAGUCCUCAACUUGGACCCGGGUGCAUCACUUUCAGAAAUCAAGAAGCAAUACCGUGUACUGUCGCUCAAGUACCAUCCUGACAAAGGUGGUAAUGAGGCCACAUUCAUGAGGAUUGCCAAAGCUUAUGCUGCUCUGACCAACGAACAGUCACGGCAAAACUGGGAAAUAUACGGCAACCCAGAUGGUCCAGGAGCAACCAGCUUUGGUAUCGCUCUGCCUGCCUGGAUUGUUGACCAGAAGAACUCCAUGCUGGUGCUGCUAGUUUAUGGACUAGCCUUCAUGGUCAUCCUUCCUGUGGUUGUGGGCACAUGGUGGUACCGCUCCAUCCGAUACAGCGGAGACCAGAUCCUCAUCAACACCACGCAGCUCUUCAUGCACUUUAUGUACAAGACACCCAACAUGAACAUGAAGCGGUUAGCCAUGGUGUUGACAGCAGCGUUUGAGUUCGACCCUCGCAGCAACAAAGAAGCCACCAUCCGACCCACAGACAACAUUGAAGUGCCACAGCUGAUCAGGGAGUUGGGAAACAUCAACGUGAAGAAGAAGGAGCCUCCGUUCUGCUAUCCUUACAGCCUGAAGGCCAGAGUGUUGGUGCUCGCUCACUUGGCACGCAUGGAUGUGUCAGAGGAGUUAGAUGAAGAUCAGAGGUUUGUGACGAGGAAGAGUCCAGCUCUCCUCCAGGAGAUGAUCAACGUGGGCUGUCAGCUCACCAUGAUGGCUAACAGCAGAGGAGGUUUCCACGCUCCUCGACUGGUAACCAUCGAGAACUGCAUGAAGCUGACCCAGAUGAUCGUUCAGGGUCUGCAGGAGUCGAAGUCUCCUCUGCUGCAGCUGCCCCACUUUGAGGAGGAGCACCUCCGCUACUGUAUCUCUAAGAAGUAUAAAGUUCGGAGCCUGCAGGACCUGGUCAGCCUCAAGGACUCGGACAGACGCAGCAUGCUGCGUUUCCUCGGGGAGGAGAAGUACGAUGAGGUCAUGGCUGUGCUGGGCAGCUUCCCUCAUGUCACCAUGGACACCAAACUGCAGGUCCUUGAUGAUGAAGACAGCAAUAACAUCACAGCCGGAUCCAUCGUCACAGUAACCGUCACCUUAACAAGAAAACGAAUGUCGGAGGUGUUUGAAAAGGAGCAGGAGUCUACGCCGUGCCCAGCCGAGGAGGCGUCCACUACAGAGGAAACGCAAGGAGACUCGAGUAAAGCCAAAACAAAAGUGUGGCAGAACAAGAGCAAAGGAGCAAAGAAGACAGCCAAGUCCAAGAAGAAAAAAUUAACCAAGAAGAAGGCCACUCCUGCUCCUGCCAAAACUAAGCAGGCCAACGGCAACGUGGCAGGCAAUGAAGUAGUGGCGGCAGCAGCAGCUGCGAAAGAGGAAGACGACGAGGUGUCAGACAAGGGCAGCGACUCAGAAGAGGGCGAAGCCAACAAGGACUCUCCCAGCGAGAGGGACGAAGACAGCGACAAGCAGAGCGACACAGAGGUGGACGAGAUGGGCGGCGAUGACGAAGAGGAGUGGGAGGCGUUGCAGCAGAGCAUCCAGCGGCGAGAGCGAGCCCUGCUGGAGACCAAGUCAAAGGUGACGCACCCGGUCUACAGCCUCUACUUCCCCGAGGAAAAGCACGAGUGGUGGUGGCUCUACAUCGCCGACCGCAGAGAUCAAACCCUCGUCUCCAUGCCUUACCAUGUGUGCACACUAAAAGACACAGAAGAGGUGGAGCUGAAGUUUCCAGCCCCCUCCAAAACAGGAAAUUACCAAUAUUCAGUCAUCCUCCGUUCAGACUCCUACCUUGGACUGGACCAGAUCAAACCACUCAAGCUCGAGGUCCACGAGGCCAAGGCCAUGUUAGACAACCACCCGCAGUGGGACAUCCCCGACACGGAGGAGGAGGACGAGGAGCAGGAGGACAGCGACGGCAUCGAGGAGAGCGAAGAAGACGACGAGGACAACGACUGAGCGCGGACACACGCAAAUACACACACAUGCUCCGCCCCGCCCCCGCCCCCCUCCCUGUCCCCCAUGGACCGGCCACUCACCCACUCCUGACCCUUACAACAGCACUCGAGCAGCAAACGUGGAGCGUGGUACACACACACACAAACACAGACACACACACACACACACACACAGACACACACAGAAACAGCAGGGACAGUUUCUACACCCAGAGUCCCUUCCUCCAUUUUCUCUUUACAAUGACAUGGACGGUGGCCCCGCCCUUCCACUUCCUGUUUUCUACAGAGACUUGUUCAUUACGACUUCUGCUGCUGGAGUGGAAGUGAAUUCUGUGAAUACUUACCCAGGCCUGAUUGUGCAACUGGAUGCAAAUGUGAGUGUGUGUGUGUGUGCUACAGUAUGGGUGAAUGGUGUGUGUGUGCGUGUGUGUGUGUGUGUGUUUGUAGCCUUGUAUGUGUUUGUACAGGUAUGAAAUAUUGACACACUGUGGACUGGAGGGACCUGCUGUUGGGGCUCUUUUUCUUGGUGUGUGGGGGAGAGCGGAUGUAUAACAGCUAAUCCUGCAAAUAUUAACAAGAACACAAAGAUUUCCACGUGGAAGUCACGACACCGACCUCGCUCCUAAUUUUAAAAAUCACUCAGCACCAAUGUUUUCCACACCAAUGAUACUUUCUAUUGUACACUCAAAAACUGCAGACGUUGCGAGCUUUAUAGCCCCGCUCACAUCCGAGUCAAUCAUUGGGUUGUUCGCUCCUCUCAGCACACAGGAACACGGUUGAGUCUCCUUUUAUUCCUUUGCUUUAAUUCUGCCGUCACACUAGCCGGUCUCUCGUCUGUCACUGUGCUCACUGUCCGAUGAAGGAGAUGCUCUGUUCUGCCGGCGUGAUCGACUCCGCGCCGUUUACCUGACUGAGAAAACUGGCGGACCUUAAAAGAAAAUCCACGACCUUGCAGUGUUAAGAUAAUUCAGCUCGUGCAUUCGGACACGUUAAAGUUGUGAUUUUCAGUCUUCUGAAGAGGCUCGGAUCAUGAGAUGAAUACUUCAUUGCAGCGUUUUAGGAAAGUGACAAACUUUCUCUUCAUAUAUGAUUUUUUUAUUUUACAAUUGUAGCACAUUCCAGUGUAAAAUCAUUGUCCAAAAAAGGCCUUACGAUACAACUGAAAUACCACAACAUACAAGUCUGUGGGUGCUAUGCACCAGUGUUUCUUGGGAGAGCAGAAAAAACUCAGUUUGAUUUCUUCUGUGUUUGUAAAGAUCUUCAGUGUUUCACUUUCUGUUUCAGUUUAGAGUUUCAUGAUAACCUUAGCAGCUCAGUCUUGGAUUACAUAUCACGGACCUACAAACGCUGACACUUCUAAUGAGUAUAAACUUGGUCUAAUGAGAGGAUUAGCAGGCUUGUGUGAUGUUUGACCGGUCCUGUCUUUAAGGGAUUGGUUUGCGAGGCCCCUGAUGCUCAAACUCAAAUAUUCUGUAGGUAAUUGAGGCGUUGGACGAGAUGUAUUCGGUCUUUCCAGCCGUUAAAGCAGACCUAGCGUUAGAGUUUGUGACUAAACUGCCUUUCAGGUGGACGGUUUUUCUCUCAACCAAAUCUCCAGGAGUCAUUUUUAAAUUGUUCAUGUCUGCGGUUUAAAAAGCAGUCCUGGCUGACCAAGUAAACCCCCUCCUCUAGAACUCUUGUGUAUCUUUUGUGUUUCCGAUUGUUCUAACACAUAUAAUACGUACGUGUUUGUCUCGUUUUGUUCCAUGCUAACUCUUUUUUUUUUCACCUCCGUUACAAAUCAUGAGUGCAAAAAGAAUCUGAGCUUCCUCCUGUGGCUCUGUGGGCUCUCACUCGAUGUCAAAGAAAUGACUAAUCUCUCAACGUAAAUCUCCACUGUAGAUUUUUCUUCUGUUACACAGCUCUUCUUACAGUGUGAUGAUGGUGUUGGAGACACGCUCACCAGACACCACAUACACAUGCUUACAUGCGCACACACACUAUACCCUCCUGUAAUUGUGUUGAAGGCAGGUGUAUGCUAACAGGUUAUAUUAUACUCUGAGUAUUUAUCGCUCUGCAAUAGAAUGUAGCAUCAGUGAUUUACGCUGUGUGGAAAAAAAACAAAAACUGCAGUGAGGUUAAAUACGACACCAUCUCUCCCGUGACAGACCUUGUCCAGGCGACUGGCCGGCAGGCCGCCUCAGUUUGGACAAACUACCCAAUGACUAUCUUUCUGCCACUUUUGUUUACAAAGGAACUGUCAUUGUAAAUGGAAAAAUAUAUUAUUUGUAUUUAAAAUCAUUUCAAAUAAAACCUUUUAAAUGA